GUCGUGUCUGCAUCGGCGUGGUUCCUGACCAAUGUCACCGUGGACGACACGGACGGGGAUGUGGCUACUGGGGCACAAUUCUCUUAUCACCCUGCGGAACUCUGGAGUGUCCAGCAGAACUGCACAGAGUCAGAGAUCCAGACUGUCUGUCCGAACGUUGCAAAUGCCUAUGAUAAAACAUGGCAUGCCGGUGCAGAGUACGAACCUGGGUGGGGGCUUCCUAGCGCCGAGAUAUCUUUCACUGGAUCCGCGCUCUAUGUCUACUGUAUUGUGGUCCCCAAUCUCACUACGGACUUGACAUUCUUCAUUGAUGGCGACACGGCGGGCACUUACACGCAAAAUGCGAAUCCCUAUGAUGCCGGAAUCGUCCAAUACAACACCCUUGUGUAUGCGAACGACACAAUCCCUUGGGGGACACACACGUUCACACUGUUGAGCGGGGCCACCGCUGAUGCCCAGGCGAGUACAUUGGCAGUCCUCGACUACAUUGUGUAUACG